UUAGAUAUAUAACACCCACUCAGAAACUCAUUUUUUCUGCUCAGUUAGACUUUGAGGACUUGACCCCUAGGCUCCUCAUAGAUUGGUCCUUUCCUUGCAAGUUUCUUACAGAGUUCUGCCUUCAUGUGGUCGAACUCUUUCUUUACUUCUCCAGUUUAGAUUGGUAGAAGGAAAUACAACUUCAAUAGGGCCAAAAUAAAAUAUUAAAAAUUAUUUGGGCAUUCAAAUCUAUUAAAUAAGGAAACCUUAAUCUUAUGGUUUUCUUAUUUCUUUGCAACUCCAAGCCGCUAGGAAGCAUCUUUGAUUGAAAUCAAACACACUCGCACACACAUCCCUUUCAAAGGUAUGAAUUCUUAUCUCUCUUGCUUAAUAUCUUCCUCUCUCUCUCUCUCUCUCUUCUCUCUCUUGCUUGCUUGCUUUUUAACUAAUUGAUUUUAAGGAUUUACUUGUCAUGCUGGCGUUGUAAGAUGGAGGCCAUGGUGACAAAUUCACAGCAUGGCUGGUGUUUGGUUUUAUGAUAGAGGAUGAAAUCAAGUUAAAAAGAAAAAAAAUCAGCACAAAAAUAGGAGGAAAGAGCACCCUAAGUUUGCUUCUUGUGAUUAACAAAACAAAAUGAGUGAAGUUGUGUCUAGACGAGUAAAGGGUUGUGUCUAGACGAGUAAAGGGUUCGUUGUAGUCAAAGAAAAGGGAGGAAACGAAAAAAAAUGUCAAAGAAUCAAAAAUGAAAAAAAGCCAAUUACUGUUUUUUUUUGGUUGAACCCGGUUAUUAAUUGGUUUGACCGAAUAUUAAAUAAGUGUAUUUAAAAUAUUGCUCAGACCAGACAUCUCAUCGGUUCUCGAUUCGACCGGUUGGAUCCACUGGUCCAGUCCGCGUUUUUGUGUUGUUAUGAUAUGGCGUAUAUAUAUUAUUACAAAUUAAGCGCCUAGUCGCCCCAACAAAUUAAUCCAACGUCCCCAGAAAGCUGUAUCUGAAUCUUUUUAUGCUAGGAACCAUGACGGACUGGACUUUCCCGUACCUAAAUGCUGCUAUUGUUGGACUGCUUGCUUUCUCCUUCUUCGUUGUCCACUUUUUCUUCAAGAAAGAUGCCAAAAAACAUGGUUUGGUACCACCAGAAGCAGGCGGUGCAUGGCCUAUUAUUGGCCACCUUCACCUCUUAGGAAGAGGUCCAGAAAAGUUUCCCCACAUAACCUUGGCAGCCCUGGCCGAUAAAUAUGGACCGGCAUUCACUAUCAGGCUAGGAGUGCAUAAAACCCUUAUUAUAAGCAGCUGGGAACUAGCAAAGGAAAUAUUCACCACCCAUGACUUAGCUGCAGCAGGGCGUCCGAAUUAUUUAGCAGGUAAACUCCUAAAUUAUGACAACGCCGCUUUGGGAUUCGCUCCUUACGGUGCUUAUUGGCGAGAAAUACGUAAGCUAACUGCCACCGAACUACUCUCCACUAAACGCCUUGAGCUCCUCAAGCACCUCAGAGUUUCUGAAACUGAGAUUUCCACAAGAAAUCUUUACAAUCUCUGGAAUUCUUCAUCAGGCUCAGGCCCUGUUCUGGUGGAAAUGAAGCAGUGGUUUGCGGACUUAACUCUAAACGUGAUCCUUAGGAUGGUUGUGGGGAAAAGGUUCUUUGGGGCAGUAGAUGUUAGCAAGGAGGAAGAAGCAAGGUUGUGCCAAAAUGUGAUGAGGGAAUUCUUUCAUUUAACUGGGUUGUUUGUACUGGCAGACUCUGUUCCUUAUCUGAGAUGGUUGGAUUGGGGAGGGUAUGAAAAGAAAAUGAGAGUAAAUGCUCAAGAGAUGGAUCAGCUAGCCAACCGAUGGUUGAAAGAACAUCGUCAAAAGAAACAGUCAGGGGAGGCCACUAGUGAUCACCGGGACUUCAUGGACGUCAUGCUGUCACUCAAGGAAGCUGCAGCUAUUGCCGCGGUUGGUGGUUACGAUGCUGAUACUAUCACCAAAGCCACUUGCACAAUUUUGAUUUCUGGUGGGAGUGACACCACUUUAGUUGCGCUAAUAUGGACACUGUCUUUGAUAAUGAACAACCCUCAAGUCUUGAAGAAGGCUCAAGAAGAACUAGAUCUGCAGGUUGGCAAGGGGAGGCGAGUUUCAGAGUCAGACAUUAGUAAUUUGGUCUACCUCCAAGCUAUCAUCAAAGAAGCACUACGACUAUAUCCACCUGAGCCAUUGGGGGGCGCCAGAGAAUUGAGGAAAGACUGUAUUGUAGGUGGUUAUCAUAUCCCCAAAGGCACACGGGUAAUCCUGAACAUAAGGAAAAUCCAGCGAGAUCCCAACGUGUGGCAUGAUGAUCCAUUGGAAUUUAGGCCGGAGAGAUUCCUCACCACUCAUAAGCAUAUUGAUGCAAAAGGAUAUCACUUUGAGUUGAUCCCGUUUGGUGGUGGUAGAAGAAUUUGCCCCGGCAUUAAUUUUGGGCUACAGAUAUUACACCUUGUCUUGCCUAAUUUGCUGCAUGCUUUUGAACUGUCAACUCCUUCGAAUGAACCGGUUGACAUGACUGAGAGCGCCGGAUUGUCAAACAUGAAAGCCACUCCGCUCCAACUCCUUGUUGCUCCGCGCCUACCUCAUCAUCUUUACUAGCAACUCAGCAUGGGAAGAUUCAACCAAUGUUCUCUAGUGCUAGUGCUUGAAAUGUUUAUUGAGGAAUCGAAUAAUGAAAAUGGAUAGAGACUCCUCAUAUUUUGUAUUGAA